CGCGGUCCUCCCCCAACUGCGUGGCAGCGCAUUAUCUGUCAGAAUGCCCCUCUCCCCUCCCUCCGCCUCCCCGCCCCCUCCCCUGUGCUUGCUCUUUCCCUUUUCAUGAGAUGCAAAGCCUGGCGAGAAACAGAGCCUGAGGAGCAGCGUGUUGGAGCAGCUCUACUUAGGGGCCCUAGGUGAGGCGGCCACGCUCCACCAUCCUCACCCAUGUACCAGGAGGUGGCUGACUCUAUCACUCAGGGCCUCACCGAACCAUGCCCAACGGGCUUACGGCAGCCACAUCUUCCCAGCUGUGCUGCCCACCACCAGACAGAGCUCCUUAACUCGCAGCCUCUCUGACCAUCCAGUUGGCAAAGACCUGCAGGCCAUGCGGACCGGCCAGCGACAGUGAGAGGACGUGAGAAGGUAAUCCCUGAGCCCCGCAGUCCUUGUUUCCUGCCCUGACAUCCCUGCAAACCAGCCCAAGGGGUAACCAUAAGCGGAUGCCUGUAUGGCUGCCUUACUGAUGCCACGCAGGAACAAAGGGAUGAGGACUCGACUGGGAUGCCUGUCGCACAAGUCAGACUCUUGUAGUGACUUCACAGCCAUUCUUCCUGACAAACCCAAUCGCGCUCUUAAGAGACUCUCCACAGAAGAAGCGACGAGGUGGGCAGAUUCCUUUGAUGUGCUUCUCUCUCAUAAAUAUGGAGUGGCUGCCUUCCGAGCCUUUCUGAAGACAGAGUUCAGUGAGGAGAACUUGGAAUUCUGGCUGGCCUGUGAGGAAUUCAAGAAGACCAGGUCGACUGCAAAGCUGGUCUCCAAGGCCCACAGGAUCUUUGAGGAGUUUGUGGAUGUGCAGGCUCCACGGGAGGUAAAUAUCGACUUCCAGACCCGAGAAGCCACGAGGAAGAACAUGCAAGAACCAUCCCUGACUUGUUUUGACCAAGCCCAGGGAAAAGUACACAGCCUCAUGGAGAAAGACUCUUAUCCCAGGUUCCUGAGGUCCAAAAUGUACUUAGAUUUGCUGUCCCAAAGCCAGAGGAGGCUCAGUUAGACCUCGGAUGGGGACUCUUGGAAAUCACUGGCUUUCCCCUCCCCUUACUGCCAAGACCGUACUCUAAUAUGAAAUGUUAUAGGUGUUCUAAGGAGGUGGUGUUUGGGGUGGGAAGCCAGGGGUGACAAGGGUGUGAAGGGCUGUUCCAAAGUACAACCCAGCUGCUGGAGCUCGAACUCUUCCAUUUACCCAUGUUUGUAUUUUGGUUAGAGGUAGCACCACUGCUGUUACCCUUCUCUGGGUGGGCCAGCAACUGGCCCAUCAUAAUGCUGUGGGUCAUCUCUACCGAGAACGCACUGUAAAUAACGCAAAUGCAGUUUCCACCACCUCCACACCAUAUCCUCUUCAGUAGUAUUGCUGACCUCACCCUGUCCUUUACCCAUGGGAGGAGUAGCUGGAAGACACAGGUUCUCACUUGUGAUUCACCAUCACAACUGUGGCCCAUUUUGAGUGGUAGGACCUCACAGUUUAAAAGAGAAGUCUCUUUGGAAUUCCAGAUUUCUAGCAGCACUGAGAAUGGACAUAUUCCCUAGAGUUGGCUCUGUGUCUUCCAUUUCCACUGGAUCAGUAUGAGAGUCUGGAGUCCUUCUUAGCCUAGGAAAUUCAUAGAACUUCCUUAUGCACACAAUUUCAGAAAGGGUCUUGGGAGAUAUCUUUCAUGACUUCUGAAUGGAGCUGUCCUUAUGAAGGAUACAGCUUGUGAAUCUUCCUCAAUUCUACCAAGAACUUUUCUAGAAGUCGAAUGACCAGGGAAUGUAGCAUCGGUAGACUUUUGUGCAAUGAGGCUCCAUAUAACCUGUCUUUGCCUAACGUAUUCUCUGCCCUCACCUCCCCAUAGUGUCACAUAUCACUGACCUCUUAGGAUGAAAGACAGCUUGGCAAAGGGAGGUGAAUUUCCAUAGCAUGAAGGCUUUCCUAGUGCCUGAUACUUUCCCUGUCUCUCCACCUCCCCCUUCCAUGCAGGCCAUGUAACUAUGAUGGGGGAGAAUGGGAACCUAGGCUGAAACUCUCUUUGUAGCUUGCUUCUAGGGCAUACUUUCUCUAGAAAGGUUCCCCUCUUGGCUAUUGAGAAACAGUUGCCUCUUUGUCUCUGGCCUUCGGGCUUGAACAUGAACUAGGAUGAUCACUGUGAACAUCAAGCUAUGGAAACUUUCCCAAAAUGUUUGCACAGCACCCUGGGGCUGCUCUUGGAAAUACAUUGGGAUAUUCUUGCUUAGCGGAUACGCGAACAGUACAGAAUCUCUACCGCUGCCCAGGAGAAAACUGAACCUGCCAUAGAGCAAUGACAAGGAACUGCAUCCUCAGCGCAGAGACCAGAAAAUGGAAGAGGUGUUUGGAAGCUGCUGGUCUCCAGGUGAACUGAGUCACAGAGAACGUGGUAGAGGCACUACUGGGGUGAUUCACAGCCAGCGCACUUGGAUUCAUGGAAGAUCUACAAACUUUCAUUCAGCCUGAGUGAAUCAAACAGCCCAUGGUCAGGUUGCUCUGGCAUGCAGUGGUGGAAGGCUGGACUGACACAUCCUCCUUUUGUGGGGUACUGGUCUUUUAGAAUAUGCUGGUGUUCUAGGAUUUGCAUUCUGGUCUGUAACUUGGAGAACUGGUUUCUUCCUUGGCUAGAGCCAGACAAGGCCCAUGUGCCCACUGCCCUCUGUGGCACAUUGUCACCUGUGAGUGGGUGUGAGUAUGUGUGUGAACUUCAAGGAGAGAGAAAAACACCUGCUUCCUAGGCCUCACUGAAGAGACCUUUGGAAGUCACAUUUAAUAAGAACUCUAAAGCCUCAAAUGGUGUUCCUAGUUAGAUCAGAUAGUAUCUCCCAGCCCAAUAUAAAAAUAUUCUUACCUAAAGCUGCCAGAAUCACCAUAAUGAUUAAAUUCUCUAACAGGGUAUUUUAAACAUUGUUUACAUAUGAAAUGUGCAUCUGCUGCGAACUCUACUGUCCAAUAUGAGGUGCAUUUAAAUUGGAACUGCAGUGAUGGAAAUGUCUUUGGAGGGGCCUUUUCAUCACUUUAUUAUCCCAAUGAGAAAGGCAUUGGGUGGUAUGGCAACCUCAUUUGGGGCCUAGAGUUCUUGCCAACUGUUGGUGGAAUGCAGGCUGCAGAUGGUGAUGUCAUGGCACCCGGUGACUUCUUUCCUCAGGGGAAGUAUGAAGGACCAAGUUUGAGCAUCUUGAAUUUUGCAACUAGACCAAGGGCACACUGGUUUGUGUCUGUGUAGAGGGACAGCUAGCUCUGUUUAUGGUACAUCCAUGGAGCAUCGUGUGUGUGUGUGUGUGUGUGUGUGUGUGUGUGUACAGUUAUGAGUCUUGAACAGUACAUGUCAGACGCGACCUUCUCAUGUAGGUAGCGUUUUAUCCCAUGCCCUGUAUUCCCUGCUUCUCAUGCAAGGUGUAGAGCUUCUUGCUCUGAUACCUCCUUUUAGGCACUUUGGUCAUGCUAGCCCAGGUUUUGGUCUGUGAUAAAACAGAGAAAUGUUUACAACAUCUAGAGCAAUAUCCAAGCAUACCUCAUCUCUGACCUUCCAUGUUUCCCAGCCUCCUUCCCUCAUUUCCUUCUCCAUAAGCCUCAUCCACCUUACCAGGUUGGCAUCACAGAUGUCACUUCCAUUUAAUGUCUUCCUUUGCUCCAGUCAUGGAGUGCGCUGAUGACUGCCUCUGGACUCGAGGCAAGCCCAGGCAGCCCGAUGCAGUGCUGUGGCUCUUCAUCUUGGAGUGAUCUUUUGGUCCUAUUGAAGUGUUCACCUAUUUGGGGCCUGGUGUAUGGCUUGCUGUUGUCCCUAUGAUCUAGGUAGAACACAGUCAUUGACAACUAUUGACAACUAAUAGCCCAACUAUUACACCUGUGUGGUAAGCAGAGCAUGAUCAUCUGAGGCAGUAUUCCUUAUUAAAAUUGAGCGUGCAUAGGGUUCACCUUGAAAGCCCCUUACUAAUGCUAAUUCCCAGGUUCCACACCCAGAGAUGCUGAGCCUAUAGACUUAGGGAGAGAUGCAGAAAGUGGCAUUAAAAAAAAAAAAAAAAAAAGCUCAUGGAUUUUUAAUAGCCUUCAGGUAUUGAACAAAAGUAUCCUAAGACAGGGGAUCUAACCUUGCUGCUCAUUAAGCUUACCUGGGGGGCAUUGAAAACCCAACUGUUCAGUUCUCACCCCAGAACAGGUCAGUGGAAGCCAGGUGGUAGUGGUUUUCAGGGCUCCACUGGUGGUUCCAAUGUGCAGAUGUGGUUAGGAAGCAUCAACCUAAAGAUUGAGAGAGAACACGCCUGAAGAUAAAACACGACUGUGGGACCAGAACACAACAGUCCACCCAGAUGCAAAAAGCACAAUAGCUAGGACACCUUGUUCACUCUGCAGUUGGACUCUUGGGAUAGCUGCUCUAAGCUUCUCAGUCUGCCUUGCUCCUUUGAGAUGAUGUUUGGGCCCAAGCUACAUGCACUGGUUGGCAGCAGAUAUGCCAGGAUAGGGAGGAUAAGGGACAGUUGGUUGACCGUUGCCUUGCCAUGUGCUCCCUACUUUGUUCUCAGCUCUUCCGCUGGCUUCCCUCCCUGUUUGUUUUCAUGUACUCUUGUGUUUGGCCAUUUUGUGUCAGGCUGUGCCUCUGUACCCUAGGGCAUGCAAUGGGGUAUUGGGAAUGCAGGUAGUGAGUGAAAUGUAGUCUUGGUAGUGAUAAUCAUAGCAACAUAACAGCCUCCAAAUUUCUCAGUGGAGGGUGUCCCCUCCUCAGGAGUAUCAUAUCUGGAAGGCUUUUCCAAGACCAUGAUGGAGUUUGGUCCCUGCUCUAAGCCCUCACCAUUUCCUUUUAGGUCCCAUGUUGGAUGGGCGGCUAGGAAGCUGCUAGUUGGUUUUAUUCUCUGGUGCUUUCCCCAGAACUUGCUGCUCUGAUAAACCAAAGCUGUGAAAAGGUUAGUGUUCUGCCCGGGUGCUUUUCCUGGACAGGGCUUCUGUGUCCUGGUGCCCUAGGCCCUGGACAACAGAGAGGCUAGCUCUGCUGUAAGGGGAAGGCAUGAGCCUUCUGUGCUGAGAGCCGGGGGAGGGUGGGCAUGGGGAAGCCUGAACAGGAGGGAGGGGAGUAGGAGAGCCUAGUUGUCUGCAUGGCUGUUGCUCCUCCAUGCCACAGAAGGAAAGGUGAAGGGGGGCACAUUCACAGGCAGGAUGGUCUCCUAGCAAGAGCAGUGCCCAGAACUCUGACCCUGUCUCUGCCCACUUCCGUGCUCUGCAGAGGAACUGUGGUUUCCUGACCUCUCCUUCAAUCUGCCAAGCAUUACUCCUCUUGAAAUCUGCACUCCUCCUGUUAAAACGGAAGAGGUGGCGCCAUCACACAUGGCACUGACAGCCUGUGCCAUCAUGUCACUUGGCAUGAGACUGAAGAAGAAGAAGAAGAAGCAAAGAGAUGGUGUCCUGUCCCUGUGGCCUCUCAAGGACUCUACAAGAUGCUGUGGGCCACAGGCCUUCUGAAGUUUGGGGUCUGGGCCCUCUGAAUAAACUGUCUCUUUCUUGAUUCUUAAUCUCUUUCAGUCCCAUGCUCCUCCCCUCUGACAGGUGCGGAAAAGGUGAAUGGGUUCCGUGUGUGCCGACCACGGCAGCCUUAGCAGAGUCACUCAUGGAGCAAAACAGAUUUGUAGCAGCUCAUCUGCCAUAUAACCCGCUUGGCUGGAGUCCUCAUUGAGUUGUUUCAUUACCAUGUAAAGUGGAAUAAUGUCAUUCACCUUUACUAUACACAGGCUGUGAGAACAUAAUAAACAAAACCUGAACAAGCUG